AUGUCGAAUACUGUGACCUGCAGUGCUCCUGGAAAGGUUCUACUUGCAGGCGGGUACUUGGUCCUGGACCCCGUACAGCAAGGGCUCGUCCUGUCUCUAUCUGCUCGCAUCUACGUAACCGUGACAGCAACACAAGAUCCCAAAGCUAGUGAGCUGGAUGACAGAACAAUCGUAGUGACGUCUCCACAAUUUGAGAGGGCUAUCUGGAUCUACAAGUACGAUGCUCUCAAGAAUGUCUUGACCUACUCAGAGAAGAGCGAUGGCGAUAAUGCAUUCGUUCGUGAAGCACUCACUACUGUCCUUUCUUACAGCCAUGCUAGCUCUCAGAGAACGUCAUUUACACAUCUUGACAUUGAAAUCAAUGCAGAUAAUGAGUACUAUUCGCAACAAGUCGAGAAUCCCAGACGCUUCCAAGAUUUCGAUACAUCCAUUUCACAAACGCCCAAGACCGGGCUUGGCUCGUCUGCUGCACUCAUGACUGCACUUGUUGGGGCGCUAUAUAUGCUUCUGGCUGAUUCAAGUGCCCAGACAAAGACACUGGACGACUCAAGCCGCUGGACUAUCCACAAUCUAGCCCAAAUUGCACAUUGUGCUGCACAGGGUAAAGUAGGUAGUGGCUUUGACGUUGCAAGUGCUUGUUUUGGGAGUUGCAUCUAUACAAGAUUCCCAGCUUCACUACUUCAGCAGGAUGCAGCAUCUGAUGCGGCCAGGUUGGCAGAUCUCGCAGAUGAACGCUGGCCCAUGACGUUGGAGAAAGUCAAGCUACGACCAGGAUUGCGGCUGAUGAUGGGUGAUGUAGCCCAAGGGAGCAGUACUCCCGGUAUGGUCAAGAAGAUUUUGGCUUCCGAGUCUGCAUUGGCAUUGUGGCCAUCUCUCGCCAUUGCAAAUGAGCUGCUCAUGGAAAGUUUGGCAGGCGACAAAACGUACAUGGCAAAUGAACAAGACGCGAUUCGCGAAGUUUGCAGAAGUGUUCGAGGAUUGAUGAAGGAAAUGGGUAAUGCAGCUGAUGUGGACGUUGAGCCAGACACGCAGACAUCUUUGCUGGAUGCUACGUUGCACAUUCAAGGAGUGGUCUGCGACGGUGUGCCUGGUGCUGGUGGGUUUGAUGCAGUCUUUGCUAUUGUGGAUGGUGAAGAAGCAGAAGGAGCAGUGGCUGCACUCUGGAAGAAGCACGACGUGCGAGUGCUCUCUGUGCACAACGACGAGAAGCAAGGUCUGGUCAUUGAGGAGGAUUUCUAUGUAGAAGCAUAA